UCAAAUUAUAAUCGUACAUAUCGGUUUUACGUAUUAUGCAAGUUUUUAAAUUUUUUCUCCGUCAUUUGAUAUAUAAUCUAUCCUGUUUAAAAAUUCAACGUAUGGCUGCGCAUUAUGCGCGGAAAAUCUAUAAUAUAUGUAAUGUAAACUAUAAACUUUCUGCGCAUAAGGCAUGAGACGGAACGCGUCCCAUGUAUAUAUUGUCAUUUCAAGUCUAGCAGCCAUUGGUAAUUUGUAAUUUAUCAUGGCGUCAUGAUAAAUAUGCGCUACUAUUUACCGUGACAUGUGUAUAUUAUAUGUAAAAAUACGGUCAAAAUCAAGCGACAAAUUAAAAAUUUUUAAAAACUUAUACAAUUCAACGUGAAUAUAAUUUAUGCGAGUAAAACAUUAAGCUCAAUUACCUUUUGAGAAUGGGGAUUCCUGGAUUAACAACAUAUAUAUCCAACCAUUCGGAGGAUUAUCUUGAGAAUUAUGCUCUACGCGAUACUUAUUUAGUAAUUGAUGGGAAUAGUAUAGGAUGUCAAUUGUAUAAUUGGCAUGCGAGAUGUAACUGCGUCUUUGGUGGUGAUUAUGACAAAUAUGCGCAAUGUGUAGCAGAUUUUUUUAAUGAACUCUCCAUGUGUAAUGUCACUCCGUUGGUCCUAAUCGAUGGUGGUUGCGAAGACAAAAAGCUACAGACGGUCAUAUCUCGAACUAACGAAAAAAUUGGAAUAGCGUCGCAUUAUACACCGCACUCUCAACAGAGAACCAAAUUCUUUCCUCUACUUAUGAAAGAAGUGUUUAAAGAUGUCAUGAAGGAAAAAGGCGUCAGGUAUACGCAAUGUAUAUUUGAAGCUGAUAACACUAUAGCCGCAAUAGCACGUAUUCUCAAGUGUCCUGUAUUGAGUUACGACUCUGAUUUCUAUAUUUAUGGAUCGCUGUACAUACCAUUUGAUACAUGGGAAAAUAAUGUAAUCCCUAAUCCGGUAACUCGCGGUUACAUGAAACUUUGCAAGAUUUAUUAUCCGGAAAAGCUUUUCCGAAUUUACAACGGUUUGAAUCAAUCUUUGUUGCCUCUGGCAGCGAUAUUACUGGGAAAUGACUAUGUAAAACAACAUACGUUUCGAAAUUUUUUUCGUCACUUAAAAUUACCACGAACAGGAAGAAAAAAGUACAAUGAGCAACAACGACGUAUAGAUGCUACAUUUAAUUGGCUACGAAGAUACAGCUUAAAUCAAGCUGUAAUAGGAAUACUAAGUAGAUUACGGAAACGGGAUCGCAAACACGUAUUAAAUAUAAUAGAAACGAUAAUAAAUGGUUACACUAGCGCUUCAUUGAGCGUAUUACAUAUACUAAAUGUUCCUCCAGAGAAUUUUUCAAGAGCAAAUAUACUGGAUGCAUUUAAAACGUACAAAUUUGAAGGCGAUAUAUAUAAUCUGACAUACAUUGACGAAAAAUCGAACGAAGAAAAUCUAAGUGACGACGAUAACGAAACAGACGAAAAAGAAAUAACAACCAUACUCGAGGAAAGAAAGGUGAUUUCUAAUGAAUCACUGGUCAACAAUUUGCCUCAGUGGUUUAUUAAUGAAUUCAAAUUGGGCAGAUAUCCUUCUUAUUUCAUAGACAUAAUAAUACGGAAACUAUAUGUUUGUGCCGCACAAGUCGAAAAUUAUUUAUACGUUUCAUCUAUUGUUGCAAGUUUAAAAAUUAUAAGCGUUAUUUAUAGAUUAUUGAUAUCGGGUAUUGAAGGAAGAAGGACUUACAUGGAAUAUAUGACUAGGGAUGAGAAUAGGAAGAUAAAGCGUUAUCAGUUAGAAUACAAUGAUAAUAUAUUAGGGUGUACAUUACCAUCUUUAUUUAAUUUAAGAGAACUACCGAUUAUUAUCAGAAGACAAAUUUUAAAUGUCACAUUGGAAAUUAUCGAUGAAAAUUGUAUGAAGGAAAUUCCAUCAAACUGGACGUUAUAUAUCGCGACCAUCAAGUAUUGGAUAAAUCAACAACAAGAACCACUUAAAUUCAGUUGUCAUAUAUACUCCUUAUUAUUUGCUAUGUUAUUUAACAUAAUAGAUCACAAAAUAGGCCCGUAUAGAAAUUUAAACAGAUUCUAUCAUAGAUUCAAUAGAACUGUCGAAAAUAUUAAAUAUAUGAGAAAAAUGAGAAACUAUCGUCCACAAUAUUCAAUCGAUACUACAUUAAUAAAUGCAUUUAAUGAAGUUAAUGAGGAUGAUUGCUUGCUUGCAGCUUCAUUUUUUGUAUCAAAUUUCGAAAUUGAUCAAAAAGUAUAUCUGCACCCAAAACGAUUCAAUAUUACAAUUGUUCAUGGUUUUGCAGAAUUUCAAAAUUGUUUAAGACAUAGUAUGAAUUUGAAUGCAUUAUUGGGAUAUCCGUAUGAACAAACUAAAGUUGCUAAUAUGUUUAAUGGUACAUUACUGUAUAAUUUGUGCAGCAAUUUUAAAAGACGCGAUGACGUUGAAGUUUAUAUUAAUACAAUUUUUCAAAAUUCUCCGAGUUUAUCGCAUCUAUUUAAUAUACUCUUAUUAAAAGUCAAACCUCUGUUUAAUACAGCAUUGGAAAAGAAAGCCAGUAAAUGUAAAAAGCAAAAGACAAAAAGAAAGUGUGAAAAAAACGAUUCUACUACACAGGAAGAAGAUCAUGAGAAAGAAGCUGUAAACGCAUGUGAAAGUACCAGUGAAGAAAUCUUUUAUGAUGUAAAUAAUUCUUUUUCUAUCCUUGGUGCUACGCAACAUUAAAUCUUUUUAUUGUGAUUAAAUUGCACCUGUACAUAUAUCACAAUUAUGUAUUUAUAAUUUAUAUGUACCUUUUACAAAUAAAGAUAA